AUGUCAUAUGAAGAGCUGAUCAAGAACGAUUUACAGUUGCAAUAUGCAAGGAAUGCUGUGCGGUAUUACAAGUCUAAUACAGUCCCUGAGUUUCUCGAGAAAGAUCCACACAAGAAAUCGGUAAUACAGCGUCUAAGCGAUACAGUGAACUCUCAGGCUAGCAGUGUCAAUGUGUCAAGAAAUUCCACUCCUGCACCAUCAUUGGGACCCAUGAGUACUGCUGGCAGUGCCUCAGCCAAUACUACUAGCAACGGACCUGGUGGCAAUGUUAGAAGACAUAUCAUCAGUGUAGAUGAUUCGUUGAAGAUAAAUUAUGAAAUGGUUAAGAAUGUUCCCGGAAAUUUCCCGUCCCGCAUCGGCAUAAGGACACCUGAUGAAAUGGAUAUGCAUGAAGAAGAGUUACAGGAUAAACUGGCGUUGGAGAACGAGGCUAAUACCGUCAAGACGAAAAUAUAUAAACAGAAACUAUUUGAUGAUAAUGACACUGUGCUGGAAUUGGUGGGAACCCAGUUGAGCCACUUCCAGGAUCCUCACACACCUUCUGAUCAAAGCAAACCAAGACUGUCUCUACGAGAGCAGUUAGAGUGCCUUCAGAAAAUUCAAGAUAAUUUACUGCAGGACUAUAAAGACAGUCAAAAGGAAGAAAAGAAAUGGUUUGUGCUAAAAGAGCUGUUGCUGGAGGCCAACACAGAGCUUGAUCUCUUCAGCUCGCAAGAUUACCCAAAUAAGGUAAUUAACCUUGGAGAUGGCGCCUCUACAUCACAACAUUCGGAUACAGCUUUGGUAUUUAACAGAAAUAAAAGACAAAAGUUGUCAAACGGGAGUUACAGCAGCAUAUUUUGA